UAAGCGGAUUGCGAGAUGGAAGAUCAAAUAAACCGAAGAAUAUUGGACGAACGAAUAGAUGUUGAAUAGAUCUCGACACUUGAUGUCUGCCAUCGAGCAAAAGUGGUUGUCGUUCGGUUUCGUCACUGAUUGCCCGACGUGCGUGUGGGUUGUUUUUCGUAAGUUCGAUAAGUGCCACAUAUGCGCCAGUAAGUGAGCUAUUGUUUGUUAAUUAAUUUAUAACAUCAAAAAUUAAGACGGUGGUGCGGAUUCUAGCAUGCGUAUGAUGAAGUGCGAGUUUGUAAUGAUUAGCUCUUGAAUCUGGACCCGAAGUUCGGUACCUGAAGUCCGGAAGUGCCAUUGAAAGUGUGAAUGGAAUCAUCGACCGCAGGAAAAUGACAAAUUUCCCCUUUUCUACUGGACUGAAGUGUGCCAAAUAGUUCUUAAAGAGGAGUUAAUUCUCAUAAUUGCGAUAAAUAAUCUGUUCCUGUACAAAAGAUUUAUUAACAGCUCGAUCGGAUCGAGUCCCGCAGAUUUUAGACCAUUGAUUCAAAGCAGUCUCGGUGUGGUUAGAAGGAAAGUGUGAUCUUCGACACCUGGUUGAAUCGUUUAAACCUACUCCACGGUUAGUCACAAAUGCGUCCGGAAAUUUCAACUUCUCACAUUCUGUCCGCUAUCGAUCCGCUGAUGACGGGAUCUACAAACGGAAGUACUAGUGGAACAUCGAACGGCAGUCACUCACAGGCCAGUGUUGGUCAUGGGCGUGGGUCCGAUGAGAGAGACCUUUCAGUUACGUUAGACGAUCGAGAUCUGUGGUUGCGGUUUCAAAACCUAACCAACGAAAUGAUUGUGACCAAAAAUGGAAGGCGCAUGUUCCCGGUUGUGAAGGUGACCGCGGCCGGUUUGGAUCCCACCGCAAUGUACACGGUAUUGCUGGAAUUUUCCCAGGUGGAUUCGCACCGCUGGAAGUACGUCAACGGAGAAUGGGUUGCUGGUGGUAAGGCCGAAGCUCCUCCCCCUAAUCCAGUUUACCUGCAUCCGGAGUCACCAAACUUCGGUCAGCACUGGAUGAAGGAGCCAAUAUCUUUCGCGAAGGUCAAACUAACCAAUAAAACCAAUGGAAAUGGGCAAAUUAUGUUGAACUCGUUGCACAAGUACGAACCUAGGGUUCACCUAAUCCGUGUUGUGUCCGAGCAACGCGAGCAGAGAGACGUUCACACUUAUCCGUUCCCGGAGACUCAGUUUAUCGCGGUGACAGCCUAUCAAAACGAGGAGGUCACAUCCCUUAAAAUUAAGUACAACCCUUUUGCGAAAGCAUUCCUAGACGCCAAGGAACGGCCGGAUUCAGUUUAUUCUAGAGAAAAUUCAACCUAUGGUUGGUUGAAUUUCCAUCCUUCUUAUGCGACAGCUCCGUCUCCACUGUCGACUUCAGAGCGCUAUCAGCAUUCACCUAUCCGUUCAAAUCGUCCGGCACCUUACACCACACAACGUUCGCGAAAUACUAGUGGAAGUUCUUCUCCUCAACCAGCUGGAUAUCUACCGUUGGAGCCGAUAUCCUCGCCUGUAUUUUCUUCAUAUUCUACAGCAUGGCAAUCUCAACCUGCUUCUGCUACUGGUUCCUAUUGGACCAGUCAGACUACGAACCCUGGUAGUCCUAACUCAAUUGGACCGAACAUUUCACCAACACCUUCGAAUGGAUCACCUAACUAUGUUACAUCUUCUCCAACCUAUGCUACGCAUCACCUUUCUUCGCACAAUACGCAGUAUAGCUCCACACCAUCAACAAGUACUGCAAAUCAAAUCGACGUCUACCAGCCCAGUGUGUCUCCACAACAAAUUUAUGCAUCCGCAGCAGGGCAUCAGAUUUAUCAUCCCACUCCAACGGUGUCCCCCAACCAUCAGCUGUACGGAAAUGUUCUGAACCCACCCACAAUAACAAAUCUUGGAUACUCAACGUCUUGGCAUGCUGCAGGAGAUUACAGUGUCUAUCAAAGCAGUUACCAUUAUCCAACGGCGGAGUACAUACCCAUGAUCGGGGACAUUGGUACGUACAAUCACCCAUCAGAAAUAACCGAAUUGACGUCGGUUCCAACAUCACACCAUCGCCACGAAUCGCUAGCAGCUUCAUCACCUGUUUCGAUCCAGUAUCAUCACAGCCACCAUAGUCAUUCGUCGGCUCCCGAAAGCUCCCUUGUAGCCGGUGUCCCUGGUGGUCAUCAUCACUGCUCGGAGAAUCAUUCACCGGAACCAAGCCAUCACACCGUUAAUGGAGGCUCGCCGGGAGCUUCGGUUUGUGGUAUCGGUCUAUCACCGCACAGUCCCGUCCGGAGUGGAUCAAGUGGAGCUUGGACGCCAUUAACACCACCGCAGACCUCGCACAUCUAAUGUUGUUGAAGUAGUUUACUUUAACAGAUGAAUUGAGAAUCUUUUCAUUGUGUAUAUAUCUGAAUUAAUAAAGGUUAUUUAUAACUAAA